UAAAAGAAGAUGUGGAAGGGGCGAUAAGAUAUAGAUUUGAUCUAUAUAUUGGCAGGAUCCAAUAAAGGCGUCACAAAAUCGUUCAAGGUACUAUUGAAUACUAACGCACCGUAUAAAUUCACAUAUCUCUUGAUCGAUUUCUAUUGUCGAAAGCUUAAAAAUGCCUUCCUACAAGUUGACAUACUUUCCUGUAAAAGCGUUGGCAGAGCCAAUCCGUUUUAUUUUCAGUUAUGCUGGAGUCGAGUUUGAAGACGUUCGUUUUGAUAGAGAAGAUUGGCCGAAGAUAAAACCGACUACACCUUUUGGACAAGUACCUAUGUUGGAAGUAGAUGGAAAAAAAGUCAAUCAAUCUACUGCCAUCGCUCGUUAUUUAGCUAAGCAACAUGGUCUUGCUGGAAAGAACGACUGGGAAGCUUUGGAAAUAGAUGCUAUUGUCGACACCAUUCACGAUCUUCGUGCAAAGAUUGCUGCACAUCAUUAUGAACAAAAUGCCGAAGCAAAAGCUGCAAAAUUAAAGGUAGCUAAUGAAGUAGUACCAUAUUUUUUGGAACGUUUAGACAAUCAAGUAAAAAAUAAUGGAGGUUACUUUGUGGGCGGUGCUUUAAGUUGGGCAGAUUUUACUUUUGUCGCUCUGUUGGAUUAUUUGAAUUUUAUGUCAAAGUCUAAUAUUAUCGAAAAAUAUGAUAAUCUCAAAGCAUUGAAGGAAAAGGUUGAAAACAUUCCUGCUAUCAAAAAAUGGGUUGAGAAACAUCCGGAAUCUGGAUUCUAAACUACUUACGAAAUUCAUAAUCAUAUAUUAAAAAACAUGUAUUUCUAUAUCUAUGGGAGAGAGAAUUAAUAAUUACAUGCAAGUAUUAAUUGUUUUUGUUAUAUGAAUUUUUGCAAAGAUGUUAUAAAUAUUUGCAGUAUUUGCUUAGCUCUUUAUAGGUUGAUAAUGUAUCAAGAAUUUCCAUUGUAAUUUUCUAUUGACAAUAAAGAAUUCAUUUUAUUAA